AUGAACUCGAACGCUGAUACAGCCAACCAGGAAGACGCCAUACCGACUGAUGAGGAUAUUGAUGCGUUCAACGCCGGCUGCAUAGAUGAUCACGAUGAUGUUGAUGCCGUCAAACGGGAGGGAGCUGCCGCAGGUACCAUUUUAUUUUCGCACUUGUAGUGCCUACUUUUAUGGGAUUUUUACGUAUGCUGUGAUUCUUUGUUGUUUUUACGAAGAAUGUUUUAUUAAAAUAUCCGUCGCUGUUGCAUUAAUCCUGAACUUCUUAAACUGCCUGACGAAAAUCUGAAGUGGCCGAUCUUGCAGUAGCUAGAUCUCACCCUUGUAUAUUUAACUUUAGAACAAAGCUUAAGGCCAUAAUGUCUUAGAAAGGCAGUUGUUAAAUCUGGACGUGGUUGGCAGAUGAACAGCAUCUUUUUGCAGUGAUAUCAUGUUGGCAUUUUUGGAAUAAUGGGAAUCACUUUCAAAAGUGUUCUUUGUUUUUUUAUGUUAACGACACAAGUAACUAGUGAUUUUUCCAUUAAAUCUUCAGGGCCAUCAACUGACCCAUGCGACUCGGAUGCUGCCAAAGAGAAAUCGGAAGAGGAGAUGAGAGCCCGUGCAAUAGCCAAAUGCCCUACUGAUCAUAUUGUUCUUCGGCUCCAGUAUCUUGACGAUCGUGUUCGCUAUGUACAUGCUCCUGAGAAUAUGCCAGUCAUGUAUUUCAAAAGGUAACUCGUACUCAUGAAGCAUUGAGAUUUCGAACUACAGUUGCCAUUUUUUGGGUUUUCAAGCUCGAAUUUGCCCUUGGCAAGAUGCUAAUAUGCUUCUAUUUUCGCAACAGAAAAUCUAGAACUUCCAUAUUUCAUCUUCCAGGAAAUUUUUCUCCGAGGAAAUACUCAACCAGAACAAGAACGUUCGACUUAUCUUCCAGGGACGAGAGCUAGCGAAUCGCGAACAGACUUCGGGAACCAUGUCUGCCCCCAUUCCAGAAGAUUCUGUUGAUCCUUCACUGCGUCGGCUAUGUGAUUACGGCGUCAGGAACAAUUCAACUAUCCAUUGUCUUGUCAGUGACAUGCCGGCCAACCGGUCGUCGCCAGCAUUUGCGCGCGAUCGCGAACCCACAACCCGUUUCGUGGGAAAUACGAGCAGUGUGGACGUUGAUUUCGGCUCUUACUUUAUGAUGCCCCUCUUUGCCUUCCUUAUCGGCGUUACCUGGAUUUUCCGCUUUAUAUUCCGCCAGUACUUCAGUUUUCUUUCCACCACAGCCUUAAUACUACUUUCCGGUCUGUUUUGCGGCGCAGCCUGGUCGGUUUCUCGAGGAGCCAGACCUGUUCGGCACGUAGAACCCGCUGCAGGUGAUGCGACCGCGAGGAACGCACGCGCGGCGCCCCCAAGGGCGGUCGGCUGA